AUGUUCUUAGUCGGCAGCCCGAGAAGGAUUCUGGUCAUUAAUCCGAACACAAGUACCUCAAUAACUGAGACGUUCAAGCCAGUAAUCGCGGAACUGGACUUCCCAUACAAGUAUGACUAUACUUAUUGGACGAGUCCACAAGGUCCUGCGAUGAUCAAGAGCGAAGGAGACUUGAGUGAAAGCGCAUCACAGUGCUUGCCGCUGCUUCUGGGAAUCGCACACGAGUUCGAUGGCUUUCUGGCGGCGUGUUAUGCGGAUCACCCUUUGGUAAACAUGCUCAGAGCUGCAGUGAGAGGUAAACCGGUUGUCUCGAUAUUCGAAGCUAGUAUACUCGCUGCGAUCGCACUCGUCGGCGAGUCCUCGACCUUUGGCAUUGUGACGACUGCAGUUGUAUACGAAGAUAUGCUGGACACGAGUGUGAAUCGCUUGCUGGGAAGCCCGCAAGCCCGAAAGCUGUUUGCAGGGACCUGCGCGACACACAUCGGUCUACAAGACCUGCAGCCCGGUCACGAACAACGUGCCGGGAUGAAGAUUGUCAAAGCGACGACAGAACUGAUUGAGAAGAGUGAUGCGACCGUCGACAUUGUGUGCAUGGGCGGCGUUAUCCUGGGAGGCAAGGAGGCAUGGGUCCGCAAGGCUUUCGAUGCAGAAAAGCGAGAUGUCAAGAUUGUGGAUCAACUGCUGGCCGGUAUGUUGAUACUGGACGCUAUGCUCAACCACACACCCAUGGAGAAAGUCGAUUUCGACCGAGUGUUGAGAUGA